UUAGCAGGCAAUGCAGCCAAAGCGUCGCGUACAGCGCUGACCUCACUGAACGCUGAGCUGAAGCGCAACUACAGGCGCAUUUUCUCAUCAUUCAUCUGCCUCAGCGGUUGUAUGCGCGGCCGGAGAGUCACAUCACUGGGCACAGUGUCAGAAAGAGGAGAUUCCAGCUGAAAUAAAUAUGAAAUAACGAUAGAAGCGGAAUUUAUAUAUAAGGUGGGUCAGCUACGUGAGUUUUUUCGUUGCAGAGUUCGGCUUUCGUCCUUCGAAAAACUGGAUUAAUUUUAAUUAUGAGUUUAAUAUUGCUCGCUACGUUUUCGCAAAGGAAUGAUUAAAAAAUCGUGACAAUAUCUCUCACGUCAGACCACUUUUAACCACGGGAAUAUGGCAAAAAAUAUUAUAGACGUCCCAAGGGAUUAUUUAAGUAAGAUGUCGGAUGAAGAACUGCCUAAAUGUAGCAAAGAGGAGCUGCUUAGGAGACUCCGGAAAGUGGAUAGUGAAAAGAUUAACUUGAUGGAGGAACACGGGAACAUGAUGAAGGACGUCAACCGGAGAUUACAAGUGCAUCUCCACGAAAUACGGAGCUUGAAGGAGGUCAACCAGAAACUGCAAGAAGACAACCAGGAGCUUAGAGAACUGUGCUGUUUCUUGGAUGAUGAUCGGCAGAAAGGGAAGAAGCUGUCCAGGGAAUGGCAGAGAUUUGGCAGGUACACUGCCAGUGUUAUGUGGAAGGAGGUUGGUAUGUUCCAGCAAAAACUGAAAGACCUAGAAACCAACCAGGAGAGUGUGACGAGAGAGAAUGUGGAGCUGAAGGAGAUCAUCCUCAUGUUAGAUGAUGAGAGGAAUGGAGCCGGAUCCAGGAGCUCCAUAGACAGCCAAUCCAGUCUGACCAAUCUGAACGGUGGUUCUGCAACUGUGAGGGAUGUUGGAGAUGGGAGCAGUACCUCUAGCACGGGCAGUGCUGGAAGCCCUGAUCACCACCACAGCCAUAUUCACAAACCUUCAGAGGGAAAGAUAACGUCUAUCAGGAGGUCUAUGGAUGAUCUAUCAACCAACCAUCUUCUCAGAAGCAUACCGAAUGGGCUCAACGAUUCAUCUUCAAGCUACAUCUGCCAACUUGAGACUAAAGUCCGGAUUUUAGAGGAUGACAACAAGCAAUUGUUAUCCCAGCAGGGGAACAUGGGAGAUCUGAAGACACUUCGGAAAGGGCUGUCCCUGUAUCACUCAGAGUCCCAGCUCUCCUCGCUAUCCCAGUUUCAGGACACCUUACAGAAUGGGUCUGCGCGGAUGCCAGGAGGUGAUCUGCCGCCCCCCGUCACAGGAUACCUGCCGGCUGCACAGAAACCAGAGGCUGUUGUCCAUGCCAUGAAAGUAUUAGAAGUCCAUGAAAACCUAGACAGGAAGAUCCCGGAGGACUACGAGGAGGAUCUCAGUGAGAAAGAGAAAGCCAUUGUCAGAGAGAUGUGUAAUGUGGUGUGGCGUAAGCUCGGUGAUGCAGCAGGAUCCAAACCCUCCAUCCGCCAACAUCUCUCUGGGAACCAGUUCAAAGGCCCUUUGUAGCUUCCAUGUCAAUGACCAGCAGGGCCUCGAACAAACAAACAAAUCUGUGAAUAUGACAGGAGGAACAGACAGUCUCAGAACUGGGCAACUUCGGGAAACCACACAAAGAACUUUGCUUCUACUGCCAGCUCCUUUCAGCCCAUGGCAUUCAGUUGAGACAUAUCAGACCUAUUACUUAUGAUGCCAGGUGGUAGUUAAAUACAUAAUAGACUCACAAUUAGCACAAGCUAAAUCAUAGCUCUAUUUAUGUGCACACCAUCCAAGUAUUCAUACAAGGCAGCUUAAUGGAUUCAUUUCUCGUUCCAGAUAAGGAAUGAAAGCACACAGCUCUUACGCAGAUAAAUACUCCAUGGAGAUACUCCUACAGGAUAGAUCCUUUCCACUCCUAAAAGCUUUUUGAUUUUGGCAUAAGUCCACUCCAUAUUAUUCAAAGAUUUUUUUUUUUACCUUUUACA